GCAAGUUUGAAGAGGGGCACAUGGCCCCGUUCUAGCUUUCCCUCCGUCCCCAGCAGCGAGGCCGCCGCAUUGCUCCUGCCGCCCCGACCACGGCCCCGGGAGCCUCGCUCUCCGGUCCCGGGUGGGGUUGGGCUGGUUCCCAAACUCGCUGGUCCAGCCCAACCGCCCCGGCGGCUUCUCCCAGCCCUCGGGGCCACUCUGGGCGCCCUGGAGAGGCGUCGAGCGCCUUAGCCCCCUCCUCCUAGCCUGCCCCUGCCCCGCGAGGGAGCCGGACCCUGCGGACCUGGGGUGUCUCCACGGCCUGGGGCAGGCAGCUCCGGGGGCCUGGCCCACCCGGCGGCCCCCGGGAGGCCGCGGGGACAGUGCGGAGCGCGCGCCUUUGGAUAAGGUCCCGCAGCGACGCCCCAGCCCGCCCCGCUGCUCCUCCUCCUGCCUGGCCAAGCUGCCUCCCAUUUGGGGAGUUUGUGGGUUUUCUCUUUCUCCUCCUCCAACCUCUGCGGAGGCCACGACUCAGGCGCCAAAGCUGGGGGCCGCCUCCAUGGUGCGGGGCAGCCGCUGCUGAAGUCAGCGAAACUGAGCCUGGCCUGGAGCAGGCCACGCCGGAGGCCAAGGCCAUGGCCAUAGCCACGUCGGCCCAGCUGGCCCGGGCACUCUACGACAACACCGCCGAGUCCCCCCAGGAGCUGUCCUUCCGCCGAGGGGAUGUUCUACGGGUGCUGCAGAGGGAGGGUGCAGGUGGGCUGGACGGCUGGUGCCUCUGCUCCCUGCAUGGCCAGCAGGGCAUUGUGCCCGCCAACAGAGUGACGCUCCUUCCUGAUGGCCCGGCACCCAAGCCCAGCCUCUCCCAGGUGCCCCCAGCCGAGCCUGGCUCACCAUAUCCAGCCCCAGAGCACAGCAAUGAAGACCAGGAGGUGUAUGUGGUGCCACCCCCAGCUCGGCCCUGUCUGACCUCAGGAUCUCCAACUGGACUCUGCCUGCCCUCGCCUGACCCCAUCUACAAGGUCCCCAGAGGCAGCGGGACCCAACUGGCUGCCCCUGGAGGUGUCUUGGAGGUCUACGACGUGCCCUCCUCUGCCCUCCGAGUUCCCUCCAGUGACCCCUAUGACUCCCCUGCCUCCUUUUCCCGCCCUCUGGCCCGGGUCACCCCACAGUCCCCUGGCGAGGACGAAGCUCCCUAUGAUGUGCCCCUGGCCCCAAAGUCACCGUCAGAGCUGGAGCCAGAUCUGGAGUGGGAGGAGGGCCGAGAACCGGGGCCCCCCCUCUAUGCUGCCCCCUCCAACCUGAAACGGGCAUCCGCUCUGCUCAAUCUGUAUGAAGCGCCCGAGGAGCUGCUAGCCGAUGGGGAAGGCAGCACUGAUGAGGGCAUCUACGACGUGCCCCUGCUGGGCCCAGAGGCACCUCCAGAGCCCCCAGGAGCCUCCACCUCCAAUGACCCGGACACCCUGGCCCUGCUUCUAGCCAGAAGCCCUCCGCCCUCACACAGGCCCCGGUUGCCCUCUGCAGAGAGCCUGUCCCGCCGCCCUCUGCCUGCCCUGCCUGUCCCUGAGGCCCCCAGUCCUUCCCCGGCUCCUUCUCCUGCUCCAGGCAGAAAGGGCAGCAUCCAGGACAGGCCUCUGCCCCCACCUCCACCCCGCCUGCAUGGCUACGGGGGCCCUAAGGUCGAGGGGGAUUCAGAGGGCCGGGAGGCGGAGGACGGUUCAGCGGGACACCACAAUGAGUAUGAGGGCAUCCCGGUGGCCGAGGAGUACGACUACGUCCACCUGAAGGGUGUGGAUAAAGCUCAGGGAUCUAGGCCCCUGGACAAAGCCUUGCCCGGGGAUCCUGAAGCGCUGGAGAGGGGGCCACCGGAGCAGCAGGAGGUCCUGUCCCCAGGGGAGCAUCUGGUUCUGCCCGCCGGAGACCGGCAGCUCCUGCACUUCUAUGCAGGGCAGUGCCAGAACCACUACUCAGCACUGCAGGCAGCCGUGGCAGCCCUGAUGUCCAGCAGCAGGGCCAACCAGCCCCCACGCCUCUUCGUGCCCCACGGCAAGCAGGUGGUGGUGGCUGCUCACCGCCUGGUGUUCGUUGGGGACACCCUGGGCCGGCUGGCAGCCUCCGCCCCUCUCCGAGCACAGGUUGGGGCUGCAGGUACAGCGCUGGGCCAGGCAUUGCAGGCUACGGUGCUCGCUGUCAAGGGGGCUGCUCUGGGCUACCCAUCUGGCUCUGCAGCCCAAGAGAUGGCACAGUGCGUGACACAGCUGGCGGGGCAGGCCCUGCAAUUCACCACCCUGCUCACCAGCCUGGCCCCCUGAGGGCCCCCAGCCCUGCUCUGCCCCUCCCCUGCCUGCCAGAGCUCCCUCCAGUCCUUGGGCAGCUGGAGGUCUCUGCCUUAGGCACCAGGAGAAGUGGCAGUCUUUCCCCCUUCCUGUCCCUUCCAGUCAUCUCAAUCUCUCAGAGGCGUCUCUUCCCUCCAUCCACAGCUUUUUGUAUGAGCCAUUUUGUAUAAAUUAUUUUUAUUUAAUAUUAUUCCCUGCUUUGUCAGGAGCAGGUGCCAGGCCCUCUGGGGCAGCGGGGAACUGGACUCUUCCUCCUCUGUCAGCCUGGGGUGGAGGUACUUGGUCACGGCACUGCCGCCCACCUCUGCAAGCUUGGCCCCACAGAGACUCAGGUGACGGAAACCUAGGCCACCCGGAGCCCUUUUCUGGUCCUGUUUCUUGGCUGUACAGCACCUGUGCCUCACUGUUAGUUGAGAAUAAGAGCAGUACACUGAUUGCCGGGAAUGUGAGGGUCUGGGAGAGGCCAGAGACCUCCUUCCCACAGGAAGCUGGAGAGAGCUGGCCUCAGGCACUGGGUGUGCUUCUCAAUAAAACCUGCUGUCUGGC